GAAUGAAUUUGACAUCGUUACAAAAUCAAAACACAGUGAUAAGAAUAAAAGAAAAGAUCAAAUUCCUAUAAUUCCGGUCCAAAAAAAGGUUUUUGAUUCACCCCUUGAUGUGUGCCCUCACUAAAAUCUCUUUUAUCUGGUGAUUAGCAUAGAAACACCCCAAAUACUAAUGGUGUAAUAGUGAUAAACAUCGCAGUAAGGAGAAAGUUCAAGAAGGGAUUCGGAUACUAUCGUGCGGAGUCGAGACGCAAUUGGUGUUUCUUGUUGUGUAAAUAAUAUUAAGUGAGUUUUAACUAGAUAACACUAAAAAAUGAGUUACCAGGAUGAGGAAGAACAGGUAGGAUCGUUUCCGAAGGACUUUGGGUACGGGGACUUCGAGCAUGAGAAUGACGGGAAUCGGGUGUCGGAUGAUAAGCCUCGCAUUCUGUUGAUGGGGCUACGUCGCUCCGGUAAAAGCUCUAUUCAGAAGGUGGUCUUCCACAAGAUGUCCCCCAACGAGACGCUUUUCCUAGAGUCGACGAACAAAAUAGUGAAGGAUGACAUCAACAACAAUAGCUUCGUGCAGUUUCAGAUUUGGGACUUUCCGGGGCAAAUUGAUUUCUUCGAUCCGACCUUCGAUUCGGACAUGAUAUUCGGAGGCUGUGGGGCGCUGGUGUUCGUAAUCGAUGCACAGGACGACUACGUAGAGGCAUUAACAAAGCUGAACCAAACCGUUACCAAGGCACACAAGGUCAAUCCGCGUAUCAAGUUCGAGGUGUUCAUUCACAAGGUGGACGGUGUGAGUGACGAUUUCAAAAUGGAAUCCCAAAGGGAUAUACACUCGAGGGCAACGGACGAUCUAAUUGAUGCGGGACUCGAAGGGGUUCAUUUAAACUUUCAUCUAACGUCAAUCUACGAUCAUUCAAUCUUUGAAGCGUUUUCGAAAGUGGUUCAAAAGUUGAUACCUCAGCUAGCCGCACUUGAGAAUCUGUUGAAUCUAUUUAUCCACAAUUCGGGCAUUGAAAAAGCGUUCCUCUUUGAUGUGGUGUCCAAGAUUUAUAUCGCAACCGAUGCGACUCCGGUGGACAUGCAAAGCUACGAGCUGUGUUGCGACAUGAUCGAUGUGGUGAUUGAUCUUUCCUGCAUCUAUGGAUCUCGUGAUAAUCCGGAUGUACCCGCGUUCGAUAACCAGAGCUCGAGCAUUAUAAAAAUGAACAACAGUACGGUGCUGUACCUGAGAGAGGUGAACAAAUUCUUAGCCUUGGUGUGCAUUAUUCGUGAGGAAAGUUUCUCCCGGCAGGGUGUGAUCGAUUACAACUUCCUCUGCUUCCGUGAAGCCAUCACGCAAGUGUUUGAGCUUCGCUUUAAGCACCAGAAGUUGGAAGCUAUCGAGCAAGACCCGGACAAUUUGGAGGAUCUAAGAGAUUUUGAACGGGGGGAUGUAAUAUCGUCCAUGAAGCGAUUCCAGGAUUAAGCCAUCCAUUGACUCUUUUGGUAUUGAACUUUCUUACAAUCAAAAUUGCGCGAGAAAUGAAAAAACAAUAUUCAGGGAAAUGUGCAAAAUGAACGUCUAGAAAGACGUAGAUUUCCAUUAGAUUAUGGGCGGCAGAUUUUGUUUGAAAAUGUUCUGUUUUAAAGCUAUGCUUUUGUUUUGAAAAUCUUUAUAUCUGUAUAUGUGACAAAGGACACACACUGUCUAAUGAACGUGAAAAGGAGCCUUCGUUACCGUUAAUGUUUUGAUUCGGAACUAAUAUCCCGUAUUUCCUAGAUUAAUAUCGUAUUGCAAUGAAAUGAGUUUACAUGCAAGA